AAAGCCGGUGUGCGUGCAUUUUUAAUGUAUGUCCUUGUUAGGGGCGACCCUGUUUGUCUGUAACUCGCUGUUCCCUUUAAGGAUUCACAUGAAAAUGAGCCACAAACAGCGGCGUUACCGGUAACAGUAACGUUAAGGGUCGUAAUAGCUGUUUGUGUGCGCUCAUUCGCACGCGCUCUCUCCUUCAUUCAAACACACACAUCACUACAGUCGCCGCCGCACGCGCUCUCCGUCACAUCUGUGUGAGAGACGUGGUUGUCUUUGAAUAAGGGAUUAUCUACAUUUCCCCUCGGCUGACCGGGAGCCGCCAUGGAAUGCCGUGUUCUGUCCAUACAGAGCCAUGUAGUCCGGGGAUACGUGGGCAACAAGAGCGCCUCUUUCCCGUUACAGGUUUUAGGGUUUGAGGUGGACUCCAUCAACUCGGUGCAGUUCUCCAACCACACAGGUUAUUCUCACUGGAAAGGCCAAGUGUUGACGGCAGAUGAGCUGCAUGUUCUUUAUGAGGGAAUCAAACUGAACAAUGUACACCAAUAUGACUAUGUAUUAACAGGGUAUACCAGAGACACGUCUUUUUUAGAGAUGGUGGUGGAUAUUGUUCAGGAGCUAAAGAGAGCCAAUCCUAAUCUGGUUUAUGUAUGUGACCCCGUCCUUGGUGAUCAUGGAUCCAUGUACGUUCCUCAGAAUCUUUAUCCGGUCUACAAGAAUAAGGUUGUUCCUGUUGCAGACAUCAUUACUCCUAACCAGUUUGAGGCUGAAUUAUUAACAGGGAAAAACAUCAGCUCACAGAAGGAUGCUGUGGAGGUGAUGGACCUUCUACACGCUAUGGGCCCAGACACAGUCGUUAUUACUUCCUCUGAUCUUCCCCCCAGACUGGGAGACCGCUUCCUUGUCUCACUGGGUAGCCAGCGUCAUGUUCGUCCAGAUGGAAGCAGGACGACACAGAGAGUUCGAAUAGAAGUCCCCAAAGUGGACGCCGUCUUCGUAGGAACUGGAGAUUUGUUUGCAGCCAUGCUGCUUGCAUGGACACAUCAUUACCCCAAUGAUCUAAAGACGGCCUGUGAAAAGACUUUUUCAGUCAUGCACCAUGUUAUCCAGAGGACCAUAUCUUAUGCUCAUGAGUUGGCAGGUCCUGGUCGGAGGCCCAGUCCACCUCAGCUGGAACUGAGGAUGGUUCAAAGUAAAGCCGACAUAGAAGAUCCCGCUAUAGUAACGGAGGCCACCAUCAUAUCCUAACAUUGACAUCCCAUAAGACUCACACUAACUCCCCCACCCUCUUCACCCCAUCGACUUCUAAAAUACUGUAUCUCAGUAAAAAAAAAAAAAAAAAAAGCCCUUUAGCUUCAACAUGUCAUCAUUCAGACUUCUCAAACACUUUAGCAUCAUAACACCUCCCUCCUGUGAUCCUGAGACCUUUAUCCCUUUAAGUCCUCAGUGUCGUAACUGUUUAAACCAGAACCCCCCGACCUGUAACUACCAAGUUGUUUUGCCCCGACCCUGUUCUGGAACCAGAGCCAUGGAUAGACUGAAGCUUUGAUCUGAGUGGACUGUAUUCACUUAUGCUGACAGUAGCUGUGUUUCCAUUACAAAUGGGUGCAAAACUUUGUCAGUGUUCCACUAAUGUAGAAAAAAUACAAUUCUGCAGUUGCAGUGUUACCAUUAAAUAAGAAACUCAUUUAAAAUCACAAGUGAAUAAGUUUGUUCAUUAGAAAACAUAACUUGCCAUGAUCCUUCAAAUACUUCUUUGUUUUUUUGUCAGUUGCAACAUACAGUUGUUCAUCAUUUGAUUUGAGUGAUGCCAAAAAAGUAUUUCCAUUGCAGUUUCGUGAAAUAAAUACAUUUUGGUAAAAAACCACCUCAUCCUAGUGCCAAAAUCUUUUAUAGACAAAUGGAGUUUUUUUUUUUUAUUGUUGUGUUUCCAUUAAGCAAAUUUAUUUUCAAAAUGUCAACAUGUGCAUUUAUAUGGUCAAUGGAAACACAGCUAGUGAUGCAGUAUUGAACCUCACUCUCAGUGUUGCACUUAUGUGGAGGCUAAUCACACAAGCACAAAUAAUACACAAUGCCUUGCAAAAGUAUUCACUGUUUAUGUAUUUAUGCAUACCUUUGCAAGGUACUGCUAGGCGCUACAAAUUAGACUUUUUUUAAUCAGUUAUACGUUGAUUAUCAUUCUGAUAAUGCACAAUGCAGUAAACACCACAAAAUGUUAUAUUUAUUGUAGCAUUUGAUAACAAAAAUCAUUGAAAUAAAUUAACUUUAUUUAUGUAGCACCAAUUCACCACAAUGUCAUGUAAAUUGCAUUUGAGUAGAAAAAUAAUUUCAUUUCAAUCACACAUAAAUUCCAAUAUACCUCAGUUAUCAAACAGUUCAUUAAGCUCAGUUUAUUGUUGAAAUUAGCUUAAAAUGUUUCUGUCUAAGGAAACCCAGCAGAUUGUAUCGACUCAUUGACUUGCCGUCUUCACUUUGCCUGGACAGACUGACGGUAGACAAUCUCUUGCAUUGUCCCAAUAACUUUGCAACAAUCCUUCAUAUCAAGCAUGCAUGUUGUGACAGUGGAGAGAGAAAACUACCCUUUAACAGGAAGAAACCUCCAGCAGAAUCAGAACCUGGCACAGAACCAGGGGUCAUCUGCCAUGACUGACUGGGAGUUUGAGAAGACAGAGCAGAAAAACAAAAAGAAACUGGAAAACUGAUGUAGACAUCAUAUUAGACCCAUUUCAGAUAGGAAUAAAGAGGAGUAAAUUUCCACCAAAAACCUCAGAAAUACUGAGAUUACUUACAGAAAUUUGCUAGAAAAAAACAAGAACAUUUCUUUGAUUAAUCUCAAAUCAAAGAAAUUUGAUUUGAGAUUGUCAUAACUUUCUAUGUUAAUGAAAAUUUAAAAGUUAGUCCCAGACACAUUUAGUCAAACACAGUCCUGAACCUCUCUGGUGAUCUCUGACUCUGACCACAGUGAUUAAUCACUCUAGCUAUGGCUCUGUCUUCCUUUUACUUUGACCCCUUCUCCCCCAGUCUUACAGCAGUGACGUAAUGGUGACCAAGUCUAACCCUCAACAUAAAGAAGAAAAAAAAACUGCACAAUGUAUAGUUGAUGUAUAGAUGUUGUACUAUAAUUGUAUUGGACCAUCUGUAUGAUAUCUGAUCUGUCUGCUGGACCAUUGUGUUAACGCUAUUGUACUAUAGACCAGAUGCACAACAAUAUCACUAAGCAGAGACCAUCUGGGCUGGUUGUGGCACAGCCGGACACGUCAAGUCAUUGUAACUUCAUAGUUAAUGUCCGAUAGUCGUAGUGUCAAGUUGAGCUUAUUUCAUGAAGAGAAAACUGGGCGGCAGAGAGCUGCUUCCAACCCAGUCGGCUUCCAUGGUGCCAUAACCACCCCACAUCAUGUUGGCCACUUAAAGGCCCAGUUCUGACCCAGAACCUUAUAUCUUAUAUCCAACCCUAACCUUCAAUAUGCUGCCUUUAGCUAAAUACAUACAUUUUGACUGAAAUUAUUUGUAUUUUCUUUAGAUUUAACCACUGAUAAUGCCACUUUUAUGGCCUCCCUUCCUUAUUUAUUAUUGAUGUGUGAGUACAACAAUCAGCUGUGUCUCUGUUAAUCACUGCAGCAGCUCAGAUGAGGCAGAUAUAAUGAGUCUGCAGAGUUUCCUGGGUGGCUAUUUUGCUUGUCUGCUGCAGAAGAGACCCAGCCAUCAAGUUAGGAAGUGUCGUCCACACAUAAUGAGUUCUGUUUCAGAAAACUAAACAGGCAUCCACAUCAGAAAACAAUGUGGGUAUAAUAAUAACUAUGAUGAUGAUGAUGUGAGUGUUGAAAGGAGUGACUAUAGACAUGUUCCAUCUUAUUCAGGAAAUUUCGUUCAUGCGCACAUUGCUGGAGGGCAAAAAGGUCAUUCUUUUACUUGCCAUCCGAUGCCGCGGUAGAAUAAUUCUGUUAAUUAAAUGAAAUCUGGAAAUGUAGUUGUUAAUUCAGUGCAAAGCGCAAUGUGGCAACAGUUUUUCAGCAGAAAACUGUUG